GUCUCACAGCAGAAGAAUGUGGAUAAUUUAUAAAAGUGAAUCUUUUAAAAAUCCCUUUGCAUUUGUUUCUGACAGCAGAGGAACAGUAAAAGACCCCUAAAAUCAGUAGGUGAUGCAAGACAGCCUUCUCUUCCGGGAAUCGGUCCAAAUCCUGGCCCCUGUUGGUCUGGCCUUCAGCUCCCUGGGAGCCCCUGCUGGAUCUAAGAGGGUCUCCUUUUAGCACACUGCAUGCCAUCUUACGUGGUCUUUGCCAUGAAUGUGGGCAUUCUGCCCAGAUAAAUCCCCUCUCACAGGUCAAGUCCAGACUCUUUUUGGCCAAGACAGAGGACUCCCCUCUUUCUUGGGCAACACACUCUGUGGGUCCUGCCCCCACCCUGAUUGGAGCUGCCCACAAAUUUAGUGGGUCUGAGGAAAGGGAGGCCGGGAAUGUGGGAGGACUUGGGCAGCUGCCCGGACAGUCGCUUUGGGAGCAAGAGUGCCCAGGAGGUUCAUGGGAUCCCUUAUAAAGAGCGUGCUCUGAGCGACACUGACACACACACACACAUGCAGAGGUUCGCCUGCCGGAUUCACCCUCCCUUUGUAGCCAGCAGAGGCGGCGGCUGUCUCCUUCUGCAGCUGAACUGGGCUCUUGGGCAGAAGGAAAGCACCCGGCCAGCUGGCUGCAUCUUCUCCUGCUCCUGGACAGGUAGAGGGAAUACGCCAUGGAGCCCACUGGACCCGGAUGCCCGGAAAGCAGAGGGCAGCCAAAACAAGCGAGUUUGGAGGAUGCCAAGGCCUUUUAUGAAAACUGCUCUUCCAAAAAGAAACCCAAAUCAGGACCACUGAAGGGCUUCCUGGAAGUGCUGGGGAAGCUUCAGAAGAAGUUCUAUGCCAAAGGCCUCCGCCUGGAAUGCCCCAUUCGCACCUAUCUGGUCACGGCUCGAAGUGCUGCCAGUUCCGGGGCCCGAGCCCUAAAGACUCUCCGAAGCUGGGGACUAGAAACGGACGAAGCCCUCUUCCUGGCCGGUGCACCCAAAGGCCCCUUGCUGGAAAAGAUCCGACCUCAUAUCUUCUUUGAUGACCAGAUGUUUCAUGUGGAGGGAGCAAAGGAAAUGGGCACUGUUGCCGCCCAUGUUCCUUAUGGGGUUGCCCAGAAGUACAAGCUCUCAGCACAAAGAAAAGCGGCUCAGGACAGCAAGUAGUGUCCAGGGAUGGCCUGGGCUGGACCAGCACUUGGUAGAGAACGAAGUCUUGGUUGAUGAGCGCCAACCUCUAGGAUAACUAGAACCAAAGGUAUUGGGAUGGUCCAUGAAGGAUCUGCUGCUGCCUGUACAUGUUGCACUUUAUGCUCUUCCCCACCAGCACAAUAGUUUUGCCCCACACCCUCCUGCAGGGCCCUCAGAGCAUCUCCAGGGUCUUUUUGGUGUCCCCCUGUAACCAAGAGUGCUUCAAGAUAGAGCCAACCUCCUCUUCCUCCAAAAUGGGAUCGUUUUGCAUCUGGGGACAUUUUCUUGUGACCUUUGCCAGGUUAGCCAGACACGCAUCACCCUCUCUCAAGUGCAGCAUGCAGGAAUGGCUGACGAUGCCCAGGGAAGCUUCGUGAAAAGACCCCCUUGCAACAUUUGCUUGUUAGCAAAAGUCCAUUUAUCGCUAGCUGCAUGGCAGAGGCCACCUUGAAGCAUUCUGCUGAGGGGAACCUGCUUGGGAAUAUGGAAGCCCCCCUGAUGAGCCAGCAGAGGCAGACUCCCCCCCCCCCGCUCACAUUUGAGGGAAAUUAUCACUCCUCCCAUCUAUUCUGGCCACGGGGUGGGGGUUGUUCAUUGCUCUCCCCUCCAAAGUGUCUGUCAAUGCUGUGACAAACAGAACUGAAGUCAUUUUUGUUUUUGUCUUCAUUGUCACAUAUUAGUUUAGAGAUUUUACCUAGAGGAAGAAAGGGGGGAAGGUGUAGUUUUCAGUUAGCCAAAACAACUUUCUUCUGUGUGUGAGAAUCAAGGUCAAUACUGAUAACAUUUUGGUGGGCUAAUGUGCUGGGAGGAGAGCCUGCAUUUUGAAACAAUUGGUGAAUGUGAUUUACGACAGCAAUUUGAGGUGGGAAUUGCAACUUGUAACUUUGUAGCCUGAGGAAGGGAAAUUUAGUCUUGGGUUCACCUUUGUAUGUGCCGAUACCUUGUUUCCUAAAUAAAAUGUUCUUUA